CACACCCACAAUUGUCAUGGUCAGCGUCACUCAUUCCCUCAAAUCCACUUUCUCUUUUCUUCUUCUCCUCCUGCUCUGGCUCUGAAUUUUUUCUGAUGGUCAUUGCAUUUAUCUGGAAAAGACAGACAGAGAGAUAGACAGAGCGAGAGAGAAAGAGAGAGAGAGAGAGAGAAGAGUGCUUUUUUCAAACUCUGGCUCUGAAUUUUCUAACAAGCUCAAGCAAUGGAGGGUCUGCCCUCUGGUUACCGUCCCAACGUUGGUGUCUGUCUCAUAAACUCUGAUGAUCAGAUCUUUGUUGCAUCAAGGUUGAAUGUUCCUGGAGCAUGGCAGAUGCCUCAGGGUGGAAUUGAAGAUGGAGAAGAUCCAAAGUCUGCAGCUGUUAGGGAACUGCGAGAAGAAACUGGGAUAGUGUCUGCUGCAAUUAUUGCGGAGGUUCCAAAUUGGUUGACUUAUGACUUCCCUCCUACUGUAAAGGCGAAGGUGAACCGUCUUUGGGGAGGUGAAUGGCAUGGGCAGGCACAAAAAUGGUUUCUUAUGAGACUAACGAAAGAUGACAGUGAGGUCAACCUAGCCAAUGGUGAAGCAGAACCAGAAUUUGCAGAGUGGAAAUGGGCAAGCCCAGAGGAAGUUAUUGAGCAGGCAGUAGACUAUAAGAGGCCAACAUAUGAGGAAGUUAUGAGAACCUUUCAGCCUUACUUCAACCAAAACUCCAUAUCUACGAAAUGUAAAUCGUCAAAGUGGUGAAUUGGAUUUGUGUAGCUAUGCUAAUGUCUCUACUUAUUUGGCCAUUAAGUUUGGUUUUCAGCAGUAGUAGUCUGCAUCUUGUAAAUGGAUAUGAUGGAGUUUGAAAUAGCUGCUUGCUUUAAAUAAAAUCUUUAUGCAAUUCUUUUGUUUC